UGCAAAUCGAACUUGUUUAUUUUCGGAUGGUCCUCAGGAUCGCUGAUAAUCUUUUUUUGUCGCGAAAAGUGAAUAAUUAAGUGACCGAAAAGGAUCGCAAUAUGGCGGACGCCGGUGUCUACAUGUAUUAUGUGGGCAACAUCUCUAAGAAAGCGACGGAUAUACAGGUGGCAAGCCUUCUCACCGAUUACGCCAAGAUGACCAGCUUUGAAUUUCGGCUAGCGACCGACACCUACUGCCCAACCAAGAUCGCCUACGUGGGCCUGAACAAGAAGCUCUCCGAGGAUCAGAUCCGCGAGUUGAACAGGAAAAAAGUGCACGACAGACGGCUUUACUUUGUCAGUACGCAGGACGAAGCCUAUUUUACCCCGGAACGGUCGGUCGUCCUGCGGUACCUCAACGAACAAAUUACGGAGGAAGAAAUAUGCAGUUUCUUUCGAGAUUUCGCUUCGGUACGGAUGGUACAGAAACCGUCCCAUUCGUAUGCGUAUGUAGACUUUAAGAGUCGCGAGAACGUCAACUAUGCCCUCACAAUGACCCGCACCAUGAGAAACUUGGAGAUGUACGUCGUGCCGGUGAAAAGAAACAUCAGCGUGUUCCUGGAGCAACUUCGUCCGGUUCCCUAUGCAAGCCUGAGGGAGAAGUGUGCCAGUCUGGGAAUUGUCUACAAUCCGGCAGCGGAGAACGAGACAACGUUGCUCAUGGCAAAUAUCCCACGCGACACAGAGGAGAGCGACCUGUUGGAAUUGUUGGGCAAAUUCGGAAAGAUUAUGGACUGGCAAAUGCAAAAGUCUGCAAACUGUGUGCUCACGAACGUUGGGUUCGUCACCUAUCAGCUCGCCAAGUCUGCCCGCACGGUAUACCUUUCCAGCCCGCUCAACUUCCAGGGAUGUGGAUUGGAUGUCUAUAAUUACAAGCUCCAGUAUCAGGCAGACGAGUCGAAAACGGCCUUCAUACUAAAGCGCACCAGUGUUUAUUUGACGACGGAUGAGAUUUUUCAAGCAUUUUCCGCGUGCGGCAAGGUGGAGUACAUCCAGCGGUUGGACACAAGGAACUACAAUACCAUCGUUUGUAUGGACAGCGAAGAAGCUAUAGUGAAAGCGUUCAAGGUGCACGAAAUUGCGGGCGAACCGAUACACGUUCGGUCUUACAAUGCGAAGCAGUACAACCUACCGAUGCAAGCACCAACGGACGCCGAAAGCGAAAAGUCCGCCAAACGCAAGCGCAAAGAGGCGAUGCUGGUGCAGAUCAUCAAGACGGAAGACCGGCGCAACGCGUACCUACUGGAUACGCAGCCCAACCCAAACUAUUCCAAUCCGAACGAGAUUUUCUACCGGUUCGAGGUGCAGGUUUGGAACUACCCGCCGAACUCGACCCUUGCCAAGUUCAGGGAACAUUUCAGGCAGUAUGGCACCGUGAUCAACUUGCGGGAGGUGAAACAGACCGCCGACCAAUCGAUCCCGGUCGCAUACUUGAGCUUCGAUAGCAAGCUGGAAGCGAAGCGUGUUUGCCAGCUGAACCAAUCGUUUAUGGGCUCGAACCGGCUGCUCGUGCUGCUGGCUGAUGAGAUGAUCGUCCACUUGCCGGAACUGUGCGUAAGGUUAGGCAAUCUCACGGACGAGAUUACGAGCGAAGACAUUUACGAUCGGUUCAGCAUGGUAGAUCGGGUGAAGUACGUUUUCCGACCAAAGUUGGAGGAAGCGAUCGUAUGUUUCAUUGAUGCCCGGCGCCACGAAAAAGCUUUGAAAGUAAUGUGCAUCGGCAGGUUUUGUGUAACUGUGCGCCCUCUCUAUGCGAUGGCUAACGAUCUCGCUGUACCGAUGAAUCCGGUCCCAGGUGCUCACGGUAUGCUAGCAUUGCCUGCAUACAACAGUGAAACCGUUCCCAUUAUGGGUGAAGGAAUGGUUGCCAUGCCUACGGUGAUAAACCCAAUGCUCUUGUCAGGCCCGGCCACACCAUUGCCGGUGCCAGCACCAGUGCAACCACGCAUGCCAUUGCAGAUGGCCAAUAUAGGCCUACCAAUGCAAAUGGGAGGCAGACCGGUCAUGGUAACUCCCCUGAUGCGUGGUCUCAUGCAACAAGUGGAAGCCGCCUUGCUAAAAUCGAUCAAUUUUAAACUCAUACCAAUGAUGGAACAGUUCAAUGUGGUACACGGUAUCAUCUGUCAGUGUCUACAGUUUCCACCGUUUCUGAAUCUUAGCCGGGACGAUAAGAUUCGAUACCUGAUAAGUGGCCAAAACGAUUUCCAGUACGUUAACAUCUUCACGCUGCUCACCUACCCGGAGCAGCUGGAGAUGCUACGUGUCAUUGAGGAAUACUACGCCAAGGCCACCAAUUGCUGGCCACUGGCAGCAUCAGCAUCGACGCCGGAUCCGGCCUCAUCAACCUUGAAGGAGGUUGCUCUAACGGCGGAACCGGUACCAGUUCCGACUCCGACUACCGACCCGAUUCCGGACUCGAUUGCGGAUCCGGAACCCACACCGUUAAAUCCGACCAACUCCCCACUGGCAACUACGAACCACAGCUGGGUGGCGGACGAGAAGGACAGCAAGCAGGAACCGAAAGUGUCAGGACCCAUUGAAGUACCGGACUCCGACGAUGACAUACCACCGGCACCGUCUCCUCCGCCGAUAUCAUCCCUCUCACACUGUAAAAUGGGUAAAUACGGAAUGUUUAGCGGCAUGGAUGGCUUUGAUGAACUCGAUAUACCGUGCAUGAGGAAAAACACGUCCGAAAGCGGGCGUAUGGCAAUCCGCCUGACGAUGGUCACCGUCGAUAAUAUACCACCGAACGUGACGAAUCGGGAUCUUAAAGUUCUAUUUAGUACUGCCGGAAAGGCUAAAAUUAUAAAAUUAAGCCAACCGGACGAUCCAAAGGAGUGCAAGUCCGCCAUCGUCAAGUUCCCAAACAUCAACCAGGCCACCCGGGCGCUGGACGUGCAUCUCAGCGAGUGCCAGGGCUACUUGCUCAGGGUGCAACCGUUCAAACAGCCAUACAAACCGGGAUUCCCUAUAAGCGUCACUUGUACGGACAUGAGACUCUUUUCGGAGUACUUCAUCUACGAGACCUUCAAAACCUGCGGCACAGUUCAAAAUGUCUGGACGACCACGAUUGAUGGAGUGAAAGCGUGCAUUGUGGACUUUCGAAGCAAGGUGUCAGUACCGAUUGCCCUGAAAAUCACCUAUCUACAUAGCGGUGGCCGGUGUCGUGCUAGUGUGUAUCGAGUAGAUAAGAAGAAGUGAUCUAGACUGUAAGCCAUCAACCAGUGUACCACGCAGUGCAGUGGUCUGUCCUCUGUUCGCGGUGCUGUAGGUUUGUGCAGCACGUAAAAAGCACAAGCAAUGGAUAAUGUCGCGUAGUUCCGUAACACGGACUAUGCUUGAAACGGUGAAGAUGUAAAUGAUGCUUCAAACUCAAUUCCUCUACGCUGUUGGAAGAAAUCCAUCGGAAGGAAAACAUCGAGGUCAUGAUGUAUUAUUUGAACAUCGUCAUUACUGAAAGAUUAUUCUGAAUAAGUUAGUUAUCGUAUGUAGUAUAAAGCAUUAAAGUUUAAGUUCUACGUGCGUUACGAUCAAUCUGAAUAAAACAGAAUUCUUGAUAGUGAAACGAGUAACAACUAUCCGUAACCGUGUAGAGUUCGUGGCGACUCGCGAGUGUAUAAUUCUGUGCAAAU